AUGGAUAAAAGUAAGCAGAUGAACAUCAACAACUUGUCCAACAUCCCCGAGGUAAUUGACCCAGGUAUCACCAUCCCAAUAUACGAGGAGGAGUACGAGAACAAUGGAGCGAGCACUAAUGGUCAACUGCAGCAACAGCCACAGAAGCUUGGAUCAUAUAGGUCGCGUGCGGGCAAAUUUUCCAAUACGUUGAGUAAUCUUUUGCCUUCUAUCAGUGCUAAAUUGCAUCAUUCAAAGAAGAAUGGCCACGGUAAGAAUUCUGCUGAUUUUACCUCCAGCAAUAACAGUUCACAGUCUACGGUGGCGUCCAAGACCCCGAGGGCCAGCCCUUCUAGAAGCAAGACGAUGGAAAGCUCUAUAGAUGGUGUAACUAUGGAUAGACCGGGCAGUUUGACCCCUCCUCAAGAUGUGGAAAAAUUGGUGCAUUUCCCUGAUUCAAGUAAUAAUUUCUUGAUUCCGGCUCCGAGAGGAUCUAGUGACUCGUUUGGUUUGCCACAUCAGAUCUCAAGGACAAGAAAUAAUACUAUGUCCUCCCAGAUCACUUCCAUAUCAUCAAUUGCUCCCAAGCCUCGUACUUCGAGCGGAAUAUGGUCGUCUAAUGUUAGUGCCAACGAUCCGAUGCAGCAGCACCUUUUACAACAGUUGCAACCCACAACAAGCAAUAACACCAACAAUUCAAACACACUUAACGACUAUUCGACGAAAACCGCAUAUUUUGACAACUUGGUGUCCACUAGUGGAAGCCAAAUAAUAGAUAAUAAGAUGAAUGCGAAUAAUUUGGCUAUCCCAAAUUCUCUCUGGUCAAGUACAAGACAGAGGUCCCAAUCAAACGCGUCUAGUAUAUAUACUGAUGCUCCAUUGUACGAACAACCUCCUCGCGCCAGUAUCUCGUCACAUUAUACCAUUUCAACACAAGAAUGUCCAUUGGUUGCCGAUGAAAUCGACCCGCAAUCUAUUAACUGGGUAACAACGGAUCCCACUGUACCAUCAAUAAACCAAAUAUCUAACCUGCUACCCACCAACACUAUCUCAAUUUCAAACGUUUUUCCUUUGCAGCAUCAGCAACCGCAAUUAAAUAACGCUAUAAAUCUAACAAGCACUUCCUUGGCAACUCUAUGCUCCAAAUAUGGUGAAGUCAUAUCUGCUAGAACUUUGAGAAAUUUGAACAUGGCCUUAGUUGAAUUUACUACUGCGGAAAGUGCCGUGAAGGCCCUGGAUAGUCUACAAGGCAAGGAAGUUUCUAUGAUCGGAGCGCCAAGUAAACUUUCGUUUGCCAAGAUUCUACCUAUGCAUCAACAACCUCCCCAGUUUCUUCUCAAUUCUCAAGGCUUGCCAUUAGGCUCGGAAAACAAUAAUUUACAACCACAACCUCUAUUACAAGAGCAAUUAUUUAAUGGAAAUGUCACUUUCCAACAGCAAGGCAGUGUCUCCAUACCCGUAUUCAACCAACAAUCACAACACCAGAAUCACAGUUCAGGCUCAGCAGGAUUCAACAGUGUUCUUCAUGGUUACAAUAAUAACAAUAAUCUUCAUGGAAACAACAAUAACUCUUCAAAUGAAAAAGAGCAAUGCCCCUUUCCGCUACCACCGCCUAACGUUAAUGAAAAAGAGGAUUCGUUAAGAGAGAUCAUUGAGCUCUUCAGAGCAAAUGCUGAUGAAUAUCAAAGCAAUUCAUUGAUAAAAAAAUCGCUGAACCAUAGAGGGACUUCCGACACACAAAAUUUUGGUCCUUUACCAGAACCAUUGACUGUCAGGGAAUUCGAUCCACCCAAACUACGCGAAUUGCGAAAGUCCAUUGAUUCUAAUUCGCUUUCCGAUUUAGAAAUCGAGCAGUUGGCUAUUGCUAUGCUUGAUGAGUUGCCAGAACUGAGCUCCGAUUACUUGGGUAAUACUAUUGUACAAAAGUUGUUUGAACAUUCAUCUGAUAUCGUUAGAGACGUCAUGCUGAGGAAAACAAGCAAAUACUUAACUUCUAUGGGUGUUCACAAAAACGGAACAUGGGCAUGUCAGAAAAUGAUUACCAUGGCCCAUACUCCACGACAGAUUAUGCAAGUGACGCAAGGAGUGAAGGAUUACUGUACACCAUUAAUCAAUGACCAAUUCGGGAAUUAUGUUAUCCAAUGUGUUUUGAAAUUUGGAUUUCCCUGGAACCAGUUCAUUUUUGAGAGUAUAAUCGCCAAUUUUUGGGUUAUCGUUCAGAAUAGGUAUGGCGCAAGGGCCGUUAGAGCUUGUUUGGAGGCACAUGAUAUUAUUACCCCAGAACAAUCAAUUGUCUUGAGCGCCAUGAUUGUUGUAUAUGCUGAAUAUUUAAGCACCAAUAGCAACGGGGCAUUAUUGGUAACAUGGUUUUUAGAUACUAGUGUUUUACCCAAUAGACAUUCUAUCUUGGCACCAAGAUUAACCAAAAGAAUUGUUGAGUUAUGUGGUCACAGAAUGGCUUCUUUAACUAUAUUAAAGAUCCUUAAUUACAGAGGAGAUGAUAAUGCCAGGAAAAUUAUCUUGGACUCUUUAUUUGGAAGCUUAAAUGCAUACGAUUCUCCACCACCAAAAGAAUUAACGAAGCUUUUAUGUGAAACCAAUUAUGGCCCCACUUUUGUUCAUAAAGUUUUGGCAAUGCCGUUACUUGAAGAUGAUUUAAGGGCCCACAUUAUCAAACAAGUCAGGAAAGUGUUAACUGAUUCUGCUCCGAUGCAACCAAGCCGUCGUUUAUUGGAGGAAGUUGGGUUGGCAUCACCUUCAAAUAAUCAUAACAAGACAAAGCAACAACAGCAUCAGCAUCACAACAGCAGUAUUUCGCAUAUGUUCGCCACUCCAGAUUCCUCCGGACAGCACAUAAGAGGUCUUUCUGUUUCUAGUGUUAAAAGUGGCGGAUCCAAACAUACCGCUAUGAAUACCGCAGCGCCCACCGGUUCUUCUGCUUCUACACUUUCACCUGGCCAAUCAUUGAAUGCUAAUACCACAAUGGGAUAUUUCAGUUAUCCUGGUGUCUUCCCUGUCGGCGGCUUUUCAGGUAGCGCCAAUAACGGAUAUACUAUGAACAGUGAUGACUUAAGUUCCCAAUUUGAUAUGUUAAACUUCAAUAAUGGAACUCGUUUAUCACUACCCCAAUUAAGUCUAACUAACCAUAAUAACACUACCACUGAAAUACUAAAUAAUAUCGGCUCUUCCCAAACCCAUAUUAACAACAACAACAACAACAACAACAACAACAACAACAACAACAACAACAACAACGACGACGAUAAUGCCGUACUCGAGACUGUGACUUUACAUUCCACAAACUGA